AUGCUUGACUCAUUCGGAGUCGCCAUAUUCAGUCCCGAAGAGAUUAAAAAACCCAAGCGUCUUGAACAAAUUAAUCCAAGAUGGGGGACUGACAAUAAUCCCAAAGAAUCCGAUCCAGAGCCUGCACGUGUUGUCAGCGACAUCCAGAAUGAUGGGGCUCUGAAGACUCCGGCAGCUGGGCUCUCUUCAAUGUUGGCUAGUAAUCCAAAGAUUAAGGCCGCUCAGUCUGAAUGGGAGAAGAAGAAACAACCACAAUCACAGCUUUACAUCCCAGAUACAUCUAGAGUUCCUGGAAUGAUAAUUCCUACAGAAUAUUCUAGCUACAAAAAUCCUUCUGGGAAACCGCCCCAGCCUCAUCGAAAGAGGGACUCACCAGCGUCAGGCAUAGCUGUCCCGGCUGCGAAAAGGCAAAACAGUGAUGUUGAUGUCGCACAGGCUCGUCAGGAUGCACUUCGUCGGGAUGCACUUCGAUUUACGGAAGAAGAAGUGGCACGACAAAUGUCUGAAUUGGGCAACAAUAUGUCGACAAUCAAGACAAAUGCAAUUCCUCAAGCAACACAUAUCGCAACUCCAGGUGAAUUACUCAAAAAAUACGUUGGCAAAAAAUCAGUACCAACGCCUGUACCAACGCCAGUGCAAGCAACGUCGACACAGGCGCAACACCUGCCAGUUAUUGGCGAUACGACUGUUGCAAUCACUAUUGCUGAGGGUAAUCGUCUGUACACCACAUAUCAUCACCCUGAUGAGGGACCCAUCUCUGGUCGUGGUGCAGUCAUUCCGCCAAAAUACAAAUUGCACCAUGAUCCCCAACUUCAGUAUAUCUGUCCCGUGCGAGACUGUCGUCGUUUGUUCAAAGGACUGAAUGGUCUUGGUGGUCAUUUCAGUGCCAGCCAUAAUUCGACUACAUUCAACGACAACGGAGACGGCACGUUGUCAAAGGUCGGCAACUAUGCGAAGAAUGGCGGCCCUGGAGGCACGCCUGGCAUCGUUGUUUCUCGUAACCCUCUGCCUCCUGGUGCACCGCCACCAGUCAAUCCAGGAUUGCCAGUAAAUGCACCGCCGAAGAAUCGAGUUUCUCCCCCCGAACAAUCAAGCAAGCCAAUUCGUUGGCAAGAAACUCCAGUUCUUCCCCCUGCUCCCCUUGUCCGCUCAAACACAUCGGGAUCUGAUGUCAAGUCCUUCCUCCACAGGUACCUCAGUACAAACCAACCAGAACAUCAUCGAGAGGACAUCGAUUUCAUGCUAUCGUUGCCUCGAAUGCGGGAUCUUACCGAAAGCUGGAAACAGGGCCACGGAGGAAAGACUUUGGAUGUGAACCAUUAUGCUUGCGCGUUGGCUUACCUCACCGGAAGGGCAGUGACUGGCACCGAGCAGUGUACGGCCAACGCAUGUCGGCCAACUGCCAGACUAUCAACACCUUGUAUCGCCCUCCCGACUGGAAUGCCCACAUCAGCAAAACAGGCAUUCUCUUCUCUGGACACUUGUGUUGGAUGUCGAUAUUGGUGUAUUCUACAGCGACGUGCCAGCUCAUGCGCUUGGUGUCCUUACCCUCAGGCUCGACAGCAGAGAACAACAUCUGGCGGUUCGGCAAGAUCAUUUUCUUCAGAAGAUGUCACCAUCUCAAUGGAUGUUGACGAGGACGAGUUUGAGGGACCGACCGUUGGGACCGUGACAGAGACUAUCAAUGAGGCGAAACGACCCAAGAGGAGUCAGUCUGCGCACACCCCUGUGGAAGCAACAGGAGAAGUCCUCGGCAGACCAAACCCAAUGGGCGAGACGGAACUUGAGAUGGAAGACUGGGAGAUUGCCCCAGGCAGAAUGAAGGAUUCUUCCUCAGACAAUAUUGCCUUUUCCAAUUCAUACCUCACUAGCGGUCAACCUGUUACCAUUUCCGAGGAUAUCAGUUUCAACGUCAUCGUUCUCAAGCCUGGCACGUCGAGUCAUUGGAACGUUGAAGACGACAAAGUGCGAACUUGCUCUGUCGCAGCAGGCAAGGGUCGCGAAUCGACUUUACCUGGAUUCUGUGGUGCACUGCACUACUAUUUGUGA